AUGCAAUGCGCGACGGAGGCUGCUGAGAAGACAGCUACGCACGUUAACGCAGCUGCUCUUGAAGAUGCUCAGCCUCUUGCGGCAGAAGAUGCUUCGUCUGCCGCCGCUUUAACUUUUCAUGCAGUACCAGUUGCUGCAGAGACACGUGGUGUGUCACCACGUGCUGAUGAUGAUAAUGGUUCCCAAGUGAAACUCAUCUAUUCGGGGGAGUCGGACGGCGGGUCGAAGUUGAAGAAGACGCCUAGGUCGCCUUAA